AAAAUGUUCGGAAAAACAUUAAACAUAUCGCUCUAAGAUGCAUUAUUACAAAUAAACCUGCACUUUACAAGUAAUGCAAUGAUGAUGAUGAUGAUCGAGCGGACCAUUAAACAUGUGAGCGAUCUCACAAACAAAAUUGAAACUAAAAGUUUUGUAAUAUCACCACUUAACCUAUUUUUAAAAGUAACUAAAACAUUGUUUCGUCAUGCAAUAGGAGCCAUGUUUACUCAAGUUAAGGUUAUGUGAGGAAUGUUAUUUUUUUUCGUGUAAUGUUUACGUAAGAACGUUAAAGUUUGCAAAUUUGUGUUUCAGCGCUGUGGUUACAUGAAAUGAAGGAAAGUUUAUUUUUUUUUUGUAUAGUAAUUUAUUUUUUAAUUUUAUGGUUAUUUGUUGGAUAUUAGUAUUGUGUUUUUAAAUGCUGUAUAAAGUGAUCUGAAGUGAAUAAAACAGGAUUCGUUUCAAAUUACGAAGACUUACUCUGUUUUCAUGUCAAAAAAAAAAAAAAAUCACAAAACUCCAUAUUGCUUGUAUUACUUCUUUUCUGUCAAUCGUUUAUAAUUCAAUGCGUUCAAACUUUUGCAGCUACUAUUGCACUUCCAUAAAAGCAAAAUCUUCGUCAUUUAAAAAAACAAAAAAACACAAAACAAUUUCAAGAUUCCGUUCGCUCGUUUUUUGUUUUCAUGCUGUAAAAAUAAAUCAAAAUGUCUCCAAAAAGAAGUUUGAAUUUUCUUUCUUUUUUCUUUCCCGGCUCUUGUUCAGCAAAUUUCUACAAGCACGACGGUAUUUUUUCUACCAUACCAUUAAGCGGAACUCAUAAGGUUAGCCAUAUCGUCUGGUGAAAGAAAUGUUUCACCGUAACCUCAUUGCAUUUUCUCAUUGCUUUUGUUGAAAUUUGUCACCGAAAGAAAAUAAGUGGUGAGAAGACGAUAUAUAUAUAUCAUACCUAGGCGAUAGAUAGAUUUUUUAUUGACAUUUGGUGUUAAGAAGAAUAGACCAGUUUCAGACUUAAAAUUGACCAAUUACUGAUAAAUAACACAUUGAUCACUAAAGCGCCUCCAAUGCAAUAGUUCGCAGUCAUAUAAUUAAAAUAUUAUUUUUUUACUUAUGCUAACAAACAAUUGUAUUUGAAUGAUAUUGACGUGCUAGUUGGGUUAAAAUAUGUAUUCUUGAUACGUUUUCUGAUCAUUUUCUUUCUAGAAGCAACUGCAUAUGAAUAUGACAAUGAACUUAAUGUAUUUGGUGUUCAGUUUCUUCGCAUUUCUUUUUGCAAACUGUCUACAAGAAAACACGUGUGAUUUUGAGGAAGAAGGAGUUAUCUGGACACCAUGUGGAGAUCACAAUGUCACCAAUACACAAUGCACAGAUGUUUAUAACUGUUGCGUUGCCCCGGAGAAAUUUUUAAAGAAAAGAAAUUGGACAGAAACAUGUUUAAAAGUGUCUAAAAGCCCAGGUAUCACAAAUGGAACCUGUCAAUACUACAAUGGUUCGGUAUGUUUCCAAUCAGAUGCUGAAAAGAAUAGCACAAACAUAUACCGAUAUAUAGAUUCUAAAAUUGGUAUGGAACAAACAGAUGAAAUUUUUGGAGAGUUUUUUGAAGCCCUUCGAGAUAGAGCUGUUAGCAGGCAGGAAUGUACUGAUAUUCUCUCCCCAGCGAUGUGCACCUAUGGGAUUCCCGCAUGCUACUAUGAUGGCACACCACAACAAAUUUGUCGAGAAGAUUGCGAACAUAUAAUGGAGUUAUGCAAGGACGAUUUAAGUAAAUUAUUAGGAGCAAUACAGUAUAUAUCACUUAAAAAAAGAAUCGACUUUGCACAUCUCGCUGUUUUGGAAGGGUGUGGUUCUUUUCAAUAUUCAUAUGAAAUUGACAGCAGAUCGAACAAAACGUGUGCUUACCUGUUUAAAGAUCUUGAUAGAAGUCGACCAAUUGCAGCUGAGAGUUCGAAAUUACCAUUAAUUGCCACAGUAUCCGCAGCUGUUGUGCUUGUGGUCACAAUUGUUGUAAUCGUUCUUGUGUUGCGUCAUCUUCGAAAAAGAAAACAAAUGUACAAAGGUGAUCAUGAAGGCGCUACCUCGAUGACUUCAAUUCGUGAUCGAAUCCGACAGGAUUCAUACGUCAAUCCAUUAAUGGAGCUGUUAGCUAGCUCAAAACCUGGAGAGCUAGUACAAUAUCCGCUUGAUUGCGUCGAAUACAUUCGAGAUCUUGGUGAAGGACAAUUUGGAAAAGUUUUUCAAGGACGUGUGCAUGGUGUUGUCAAAGGUGAGGAGAGUACAGACGUUGCAGUCAAAUGUUUGAAAGAAGGUUCCUCACCACAAGCGCUUGAUGAGUUUCACAAAGAAGUUGCAUUGAUGUCAGUGCUACAACAUGUGAACAUAUUGCGCUUACUUGCUGUGUCGACAGAAGAAGAACCAUAUUGCAUGAUUUUUGAAUUCAUGGAAAACGGUGACUUGAACGAGUACUUGAGAAAGUGGAAAGGAAAAGAGCACCUUAACGACAACGAUUUGAUCAAAAUAUGCAAACAUGUGGCAGCUGGAAUGGAGUAUUUAGCCUCAAAGAAAUUUCUUCAUCGAGAUCUUGCAACAAGAAAUUGCUUAGUUGGAACGGAUAUGUUUGUAAAGAUAGCAGAUUUUGGAAUGUCCAGAAAUAUUUACCACUCUGAUUAUUAUAGGGUCGGUGGCGAGGCAAUGUUGCCUAUUCGCUGGAUGCCACCCGAAGCGAUCUUAUAUGGUAAAUUUACUGUGGCAGCAGACGUUUUUUCGUUUGGUGUUGUAUUAUGGGAAAUAUUUAGCUUUGCACUUCAACCGUUUUAUGGAUAUUCAAAUGAAGAAGUCAUUGAUUUCAUUAAGAAGGGAGUUCUCUUACCCCAACCAGAAGAUUGUCCUGAAUGGAUAUACAACAUAAUGUUGGGAUGCUGGAAACGUGAACCUGAAGAUAGAAUGAGUUUCUCACAAGCAUUAAAGUUGUUGAAAGGACAGUUUCCUGAUUAUGACGAACCAAGAGGAGCAUCACCCUCCACAUCAGCUGAAGGCUACGAUGUUGUCACUGUCAUUCCACCAGAGUCAACGUACGAUCAGGUUCCAUUGCACAAUGAAGACGAAGACGAAAAAGUUGCUCCUACGACGGAGGGUAAACAAUAUUAUCAAAAUGUAAAAACAUCUAUGGAAAAAAAUCCGAGUUUAGCAGAAGAAGCACCGUGCUAUCAAAACAUCAAGCCAAAUCAACCGCACCAAAAUAAUGACGAUGGACAUUCAAACGGUGCAUUUGAUGAUGACAACAAUCUCACUGCUUCUCUCGUACCUGCAGAACUACGAAGAACUUCAAAAACAAACAAUAAGACAAACUCUCUCCCAAAAGUUAGAAAAAGUAUUGAAAAAAAAGCUUUGAAGGUCUCCAAAACAGACUCAUAUCCACGUGGUGGAGGCUCUUUGGGUGGAGGUCGUUCUAUUAAAGAUGUUUUAAAAGAAGAUGCAAGAUAUGUGUCUGGAGACAGUCUCGCGAAAGCUGCAGAACCAAUCGAUGCACCGAGUAGGCACAUCCAACCUUCAUUUCGUCCAUCAAGUGAAUUUCUACAAUUUCAUGGUUACGGUGAAGAUAUUCAGGCUACAGACCCUGAUGAAAGAAAUAUGAUAAAGAAAAUAAUUGAAGGUGAUCACUCAAAGCAUGGAAAAUAGUUCUUUUUGAUCAAAGAGCUGACUAUGUUGAUGCAAACAACAAGGCAAUAAACAUCGCACUUUGAAGGCAUCCUGACCACCCGUGGUCGUGUUUUGUAUUUAAAGUUCCCGCUGAUUGGCUGUUAUUGGAACGACCUCUUUUGUCAAUUUAGCCACUAAAAUACUUUCUUGGUUCUUUCAUAAGAUAGACUUAAAAACGUUUUUAUUAAGUUUUGUGAGAUUAUGUGCUGGUAAAUACAUUAUUGAUUCGAUAUUCAAAGUUUUAUUCAAACGAAGAUGAUAUUUAAUAGUUGUUUCAAGAAAUAUUUUGAGUUUUUAAACCGUCAACUGGAUUCCAUAUCAGGAGGCAAGAAAAAUGAAACACGCUUCUAAAACUACUUGAAAUAAUUCUUAUUUUUAUUUAUCUGAAUAAUACUCCGAAGCUCAUAUGCGGUGUACAUUUAAUAUUAUGUUUAUUAUAAGCAUAUAUUUUGCUUUUAUAUUUUGCUUUACGGUUUUUUCGAAGUAAAGGAAACCAGAAACUCUAGUCACGGAUGACAUAGCAUUGAUAUCAUUUAUUUUAACGCAACCACAUGAAUUUAUUUUUUUGUAGAAUAACAUCCGUUUGACUUCAACUUAGAAUUUAGCGAAUUUAAAAAUUUAAAUUGAUAACUGAUUCAUUGAAAAAUUGUUUAGAGAAAACACUGAAAACAUAAUGAUUUUCGCGUGUACCGCAAACUUCUUUUAAUUUCGCGAAAACUUGUUUUGAGUAUGCGAAAAUAUUUUAAAAUUGCUUUUUACUAACUAACAAAAAAUUGUUUUAGUGGAAAAAUAAAAAUUCAUUUUAGCAAGCGAAUUCGUUCACCCAAUUUUGUUAUUCAUAGAGAAAAAGUCAGCGUAAAAAAAGUCGGUAAAAAUUUUGAAUCGGUUAAGUUAUUAGUUACCCGCACAAAAUUUACAAACUAUUUAUCACAAUACUUAUUGAGUUUAUAAAAUCUUGGAUGAAAUAAAAACAAAUGUGUUUGUUUUCUCCAAAAAUUUUAUACAAAGAAAUUUGUUACGAUCCUUCGUUUCAUACAAUAAUUUCAAGCAACUGAAAAUGCCUGUUACUUCCUUUUCAAGAAAUUCUUUUCUUAAUGGAAUAAAAAGGGGAUCAAAAUUGACAAAGUCGAAAAAAAAUCAUUAAAAUAAGGAAAAUAUUUUGAUCGCUAAAAAACUUUAGUUACUAAGAAAAAAUUUAAUCAUUACCUACAAAAUUUUUUCAUUGAAAUGCAAAAGAUAUAAAAGCGGUGUAAAACUAUAGUUGUUAUUUUCAUAUUGUGUAAAAAGAAGAUAAAAUAAUCAGAAUUUUUAGGAUUUUAUAACAAUGUAUAGCAAAUUUUAUUGAUUAUAGAUUUUUUUUAGUCGAAAUUUUUUAUUUGUAGUAAAAUGUUUUUAACACAUCGAUUUUAUAUGUAGGUAUGUAUCAUAUUUUAGAUAAAAAAAAGUUAACUAAAAAAUUGGA